CUCCGGGAUGGUUUGCUUCUGCCUGGCUGCGGCACCAGGAAGGCGCUGAGCUCAAACCCGGGCCGCGGCGGCCUCGGAGCGGCCUGUGCCGGCGCCGCACGCAGUUGUAAAAAUGGGACGUCGCUCAUCAGACACAGAAGAAGAGAAUCGAAGCAGAAGAAAAAAGAAGCACCGUAGGCGUUCAUCUUCAAGUAGUUCCUCAGACAGCAGAACACACAGCCGUAAGAAAUCGGGAAGGAAGUCCAGGUCGAAUUCACGGUCUCGAGAUCUGCAGGCCCGUUCACAUUCUUACGAGAAAAGACGCAGGCACCGAUCUAGCAGUAGUUCUUCAUAUGGAUCAAGAAGAAAACGGAGUCGUAGUCGAUCAAGAGGCAGAGGCAAAUCCUACAGGUCUCAGAGAUCAAGAUCAAAGAGUAGAACAAGAAGGUCACGAUCAAGACCUCAUCAACGUUCUUACAGUCGAAGUAGUGAAAGAUCUAGUCAUAGAAGAACUCAUAGCAGGUCUCGUGAAAGAGAACGUCGCAAAGGCAGAGAUAAAGAAAAAAUGAGAGAGAAGGAGAGGGGCAGAGGGAAAGAGAAGGAGUUGUAUAGCUCCAAGCGUGGGGACUCUGGAAACAUCAAAGCUGGAUUAGAACAUCUGUCUCCUGCUGAACAGGCCAAAGCUAGAUUACAGCUUGUUCUUGAAGCAGCUGCUAAAGCUGAUGAAGCAUUAAAGGCUAAAGAGAAAAGUGAAGAAGCAGCAAAAAAGAGAAAGGAAGAAGACCAAGCCACCCUAGUAGAACAAGUGAAACGAGUAAAAGAAAUUGAAGCUAUUGAAAGCGACUCCUUUGUUCCACAGACAUUUAGAUCAAGUAAAGAAGUCAAAAAGUCAACAGAACCUGUUGAAUUAAAAUACGAACCUGCAACUUUAGGAAUGGGAAUUGCUGAUACAUCUAAUACUGAAAAAGAAAUAGCAAGUAGCAGCAUUCCUACUGCCAUCAAGUACCAAGAUGACAACUCUUUAGCACAUCCAAAUCUAUUUAUUGAGAAGGCAGAAGCAGAGGAAAAGUGGUUCCAGAGGUUGAUUGCUCUUCGGCAAGAAAGGUUGAUGGGCAGCCCAGUGGCUUGAACAACUUACAGUAAAUGUUAUACAGAAUUCUCCAUGAAUGCUAAUAAACUCCUACCAUACACCUGUAGUUUUACUUUUUAAGAGAUGUUAAAUUCUGAAUAUGAGUUGUAAGAAGAAAAAAAUGAAAUGUUUCAUUUGAAUUAGAAACAAAUCAGUUACUCUCA